AAAAAAAAAAAAAAAGGUCAUUUGCUUAUGUUUUUUCAAAUCCCUCUACUCAGAGUAAACACGUUUUGCUCUUCUCUGUUCUUCAGGCGUACAUGGCAUGAGAAGUAAACAGCACGAAGAUGCAGUCUACACUAACCCUAUCCACCAUAUUCAAGCUUAUAAUCUUAACAUUGCAGCUGCAAACACUUCCCACUACUUUGGCAGCUCUCUCCCUCUGCCGAAACUCCUGCGGCAGCAUUGCUAUAAAGUACCCAUUUGGGCUCGACGAUGGGUGCGGCGCGCCGCAGUUCAGGCACAUGCUAAACUGCACCACUGACUUGUUCUUCACAACUCCUUCCGGCAUCUACAAAGUCCAGUCCAUCGACUACGUCAAGAAAACAAUGGUGAUCUACGACCCAGCAAUGUCCACGUGCUCCAUUCUACAACCUCACCACGACUUUGUUAUGACGGACAUUCAGUCAGUCAUAAUACCUCCCUCGUCGGACACCGUCUUUGCCUUACUAAAUUGCUCUAUCGACUCGCCUGUCCUUAACCAUUACAAGAAUCUAUGCUUCAACUUUUCAGGCCACUCGUGCGACGAGCUUUAUGGCCCGUGCAAUGCUUUCCGGGUGUUCCAUUUGUUAGCCAACAGUUCUCCGCCCUGCUGUUUUACAGGGUACGAUACGGUGAAGUAUAUGAGCAUGAAUAUCUUGGACUGCUCGCAUUAUACCACCGUGAUUAACACUGAUAAUUUGAUGGGAAUGGGACCGUUGGAUUGGGUGUACGGGAUCAAGCUGUCCUUCACUGUAGCGGAUACUGGAUGUGAACGGUGUGCGCAGUCUGGUGGCGCUUGUGGGUUUGAUACUGAGACUGAGGGGUUGGUCUGCCUUUGCUCGAGUUAUGUGAAUUCUACUAGAGAAUGUGCUGCAGGCAGUAUCACAGCUAAAGGGCAGAGUCAUGCUCCAUUGUCACUGUUCCAAGCACUUGUGUUGAUUCUGGGGACAUUUCUUCGCAUGACUUUAUGAUGAUGUCUCGCUGUUAUUUGAUCUUUUUUUUGGGGGUUUUUUUUUGUUUUUUGGU